CCGAAUACCUACUUCGCGUGUCAUGCAUGUAGGCCUAGAAAAUAAUUCAGGUCAAAAUUUCAUCUUAAUUCAUUUUGUAAACACAUUAAUGCGGGCGUAUACUUAUAAGUUUACUGUGAAUCCGACUUUCCUGGGAUUCGUGACAACAGGCUUGGGAGCGGAUAUUGAUCUUUUCUUCAUCAGGAGCUGCUUCAUUCGUAAGGAAUCUUGGAGGAAAGUCGCAUUAUCAGACUUACAGAAAUGGGAGGUAAAAACAGCUCCUUGAACCCCAAGGAUCUCCGGGACCUACGCGAACAAACCGAUUUCGACCAAGAUGAAAUAAAGACGUGGUACGAAAGUUUCAAGAAGGAUUGCCCCUUGGGUUAUCUCACCAAACCGCAGUUCGUCAACAUGUACCAGAAUUACUUUCCAAACGGGGACGCGGAGACAUUUGCCAAUCAUGUUUUCGCAUCAUAUGACACAAACGGGGAUAACCGGAUUGAAUUCAGGGAGUUCUUGUGUGCGUUGAGCGUCAUGGCUCGUGGGACUCUGGACCAAAAACUAAGCUGGGCGUUCGGCUUGUACGAUCUUGACGGGAAUGGUUGGGUUACCAAGGAUGAGCUCUUGUCCAUCAUUACGGGAAUUUACAAGAUGGUGCAAAAUGACGUAGAAUUGGAGGAUUUUGCCGAGACCCCGGAAGAACUCGUGGAUGAAAUUUUGAAACUGAUGGACUCCAAUAAUGACCACAAGUUGUCAAGAGUUGAAUUUAUUGAGGGUUGUCAAAAGAACCCUCAACUGGUCAAAGUUAUAAAGCCUCUCUAGAUAACAACCUGCAUGAGAAAGGACUAAGUACAUUUUUUAAAGUUCAGAGGCAACGGCAUAAGCCCACUGUCCCUGUACAUUGAUGCACGUUAUUGUAAAUCGUUAUUGUAAAAAUUGGGUGUAAGAUAUGUUUGUUCUCAUACAAAUAGAUUGCUGCCAGCCGGACUAAACCUACUCCAAACAAGAUACAUGUACAUAAUUAAAAAAUCAUUAAACACAAUGAUACUAUAGUACGUAUUGCGUGUAAUGGUCUCACUGAAAUAGACUCGGCGAGUUCGACCAUCUGGUGUGCUCGCGAAACUUUAACAUCGCUCAUUAUUUGACGCUAGUGGCGGCGCAUGGUGUCGAGUCAGGGUAUUAUCUUCUAACCACCCAAAUACCACACGCAAGUUGUCCUUUUAUUUUAAACGUGAUCGUUUUUCUAAUGACAUUUCAAUCGAUAUUCUUCUGGGAGACUCCCACUUCUGUAUUUGCUCGAAGCUGAUAUUCAAUUUCAAAUAAAAUCGCAGUGAAACUACUUAACUGGUCGUCUGGCUGGAGCCCCGAUCAAUGUCUUAAAGGCGAACGCUGUUCAUGAAUUUGCUACGUGCAUUUAUGAUACCCGCAAAUUUGCUAAACUUUUUGUAUUUCAGUAUCAUUUUGUAUACAUGUAUACAGUCUGCAUAACUGCAUUGUUGAAAUUUAUAUCGAGUACGUACAAAAUGUAAAUAAGAAAAUUCGAUUUUCACAAUUUUUGAAAGAUUGGUAUUUGCCUUCAACGAAAGAUCAGCUUGUACAGUAAUUAUUCGAAAGAGGGAUGUCAAUAUAAAUAUUUUAAAAA